AUGGUGGAUCUAAGGAACGGAAGGACAGUGACAAAGUUUAUCUUUGUGGGCUUUGAGCCGAGCUCUUCCACUCAGGCACUGCUCUUUGCCGUCUUCCCAGUUCUCUACAGCCUUGCCACAGCCAUGAAUGGCCUCAUCAUCUUCAUCACGUGGACAGACCCCAGACUCAAUAGCCCCAGGUAUGUCUUCCUUGGCCACCUAUCCUUCCUGAAUAUCUGACUAAUCACCACUACUAUCCUAAAGAUGCUGAUCCACGUAGUGGUCAAGAACCACACUCCUUUGCCUCCUGCUUGACUCAGAUAGAGGUUGGGUUUUGGUGUAGGUGUGGCCAAGGGCGUCCUCUUGGCUUUUAUGGCCUGUGAUCAUUAUGCCACUAUCUGCCACCUGCUUAAUUACACCCAGAGCAUGAGCCAGCAUGUCUGUGUGAGGCUGGUGAGUAGUGUCUGGUUCUUUGGGCUGAUCAAUGGCAUCCUGCUUGAUUAUAAUAUGAUGGUCCAUUUUUGUAGAGAAAACUACAUAGAAAACUUCUUCUGUGAGGCUCCCAUAGUGAUCACCCUCUGUGGAGACCCUCCAUUUAGUCUGAGGGUGACUCUUGCUGAUGCCACCGUGGUGGUGCUCAGCGCCAUGGUGCUCACUGUCAUCUGUGCCCGCAUCCUGGCCUCCAUUCUCAGUAGAGCCUCCUCCUCAGGCAGGGGGAAGACUUUCUCUGCUUGCGACUCCCAUCCAAUUGUGAUCAUCUUCUACACCUCGGCCAUGUUCUCUUAUGUGAACCCCAGCAGCAUACGCGGCCAUGACCAAGACAAGCCUUUUUUCCUCCUCUACACCAGCAUUACCCCCAUGUGCAACCCCAUCAUAUACGGUUUUUAAAACAAGGAAAUGAAGAAGGCCAUGAUGAGGGCCUUUGGGAGGGCCAGCCUGGCCCAGGCAGAGUCUGUCUAG